CCGGUAGUGCGUCCCGCCCCGCCCCGCUCCGCUCCGCCGCGGGCAGCCCCGGCCCCGCCGCGCUCCCGCCGCCGCUGCCGGUGUCCGGCAUGGUCCUGCCGGUGCUCGCCGGCGUCUGCCUGGCCGCCACCCUCGCCAUGUUCGCCACCGGCCUGUCUGACCUGCGCCAGAUGUUGGCGACCAAGAGUGUGGAGAACAUCCAGUUCCUGCCCUUCCUCACCACUGAUGCCAACAACCUGAGCUGGCUGGGCUACGGCUGCCUGAAGGGGGACGGGACAGUGAUCACCGUCAACGCCAUCGGGGCAGCCCUGCAGACCCUCUACAUCCUGGUGUAUCUCUACUACAGCCCUGCCAAGCGCCCCGUGCUGCUUCAGGUCCUGCUGCUCCUGGCUGUGGUGGUCACCGGCUGUGGCUACUUCACCAUCCUGGUUGACACGGGGACACGCCUGACACACCUGGGGCUCUUCUGCAGCGUCUUCACCAUCAGCAUGUACCUCUCACCGCUGGCUGACCUGGCCAAGGUUGUCCGGAGCAAGUCAACGCGGUGCCUGUCCUUCCCCCUGACCGUCACCACCCUUGUGGCCUCCAGCAGCUGGACACUCUAUGGCCUGCAGCUCCGUGAUCCCUACAUCACAGUCCCCAACGUGCCCGGGAUCGUCACCAGCCUCGUGCGGUUCUGGCUCUUCCAGCGGUACAGGCCAGAGCAGGACAAGCCCUACAGCCCCCUGCCUGCCUGAGCGGCGCCCUCAGGAGCACCCCAACUCUGCCCUGGGCUGGCCCCAGCGCUGUCCCCUUGGCCACUCCCAGUGGGACACCAGGAAGGACCUCCAGCCCUGCAUCCUUCAGUGAGCUCUCAGCGAUGCCUUUGGGGUACCACAAGCCCCUCAAACCCAGGGUGGGAGGAUAGUUAUCCAUGCCUACGGCCCUGCCUGGCACCAGGAUUUCGAGGGACAGGGCUUUUGAGCGGCUUCCAGGGGUCCAGGUGUCACUUUUGUAUGGAUUCAAGUGCCUUUUAAUAAAUCAGAGACUUCCCAGAGCCUGCUUCUUGUAGCU